UGUUUUAAUAGAAUAUUACAUUAUUAUGUAAUAUAUUUUUGUUGGUUUGAGAAAUGUAGUUUCUGGAGGAGAGUAUGCUAAAUAAUUAAGGGUGUUUCCCAAUGUAAAUAUUUUUUGAACUUCUUUAUUUGAUUUGCUGUGCGAGUCAAUGGGCAGGGUUUGGGGCAUGAAUGUAUUUAGUGAGGUAAUGCAGUGGAGGUGUGGUUACUGAAACUACAGUGUAUUGGUCAGAAUAUUAACAACUGUAUGUUAAAACUAAAGUCUUUGAAAAUUCUUAUUACUUGCAGCGAUUGCAGAGAUGCCUAAGCUGAAGAGAUUUAGAAUGCGGCGUGAGCCAUUCAACAACAAAAGUAAGGCAGAUGUUUCUAAUUCUGUUGCUUGUGUUUGUCCAGACGUGGUGGGCAUUGUAGCAGCCAAUGAGGUUAGACUGAAGUCUGCAGAGGUGACUGAGGAGUUUGUGGGAGUAGCUUGCAGUGUAGUGUCAGUUGUUAAGCACAAGAUACAUAAUGUGUGUACUUGGAAAAAAUCUGACAUUCAGGACAUACGUAGUGAGGGAAGUAAACUGGUCAAUGACAUGACUAGCUGUAAAAAAAAACACAGAGUUAUGAAGACUGUCGAUUUUCUCAAUGGUUUGGUGGGCAACAUGACAUUUUCAGUAAAACAUGCAAAGUAACAAUAGAACGAUUACUGAAUGGAGGAAAAAAUGACUUGUAUGAGAAAUUACAGGAGAUUUUGUUUAGUCAUGAAUCUUGUAUGGUCAACAUAAAAGGAGAUACGUGUGCUAUUGUGAGACAUAAUGAUUUCUAUGUUGUUGUUGACUGUAAUGUGCGAAAUGCAUGUGGUUUGGGAUCAGACAUUGGAACUGCAGUUGUUGUUUUCAACACAAAUUGGCAAGACCUAUUUUUGCACAUUGAUAAUUUAAUGACAAGUCUGAAUGCAGAAAACUUUAGUAUAUGUGGCAUCAAUGUCAACUUAUCAUCAUCAGAAAUGCCACAAGUUGUUUACAAUGAUACUGUUGGAGAAAACAGAGAAUGUACAGCAAAUGAGACAGAAGAAAUGUCAGCAUCUACAUUAAAUCAAAGAGAAGGUGUUAGCAUCCGUGGAUCAUUUCAUCAGGGUGACCAUAAGUUCAAGUGGCCAGGGAAACAGUGUGUAGCGAUUAGUUUGGCUGCUAUAGCGAUGCACAGUGUGCUUAGUGUGUUCUCAUGGGAAAGUAAAGAUCUAGAUAAUGUUGUAAAUACUGGCGAUAGCUUGUAUUCUAGUUUGCGUCAAAGGGGUUUAAUCAGUGAUCCAACAAAGAAAAAGUUGCUGUGUAUACAAGAUCUUCCUAAGGAAUAUGUGUUUGGUACAAAUGCAUUCAAAUUUAAAUAUGCUGAUUUUGUUUCUGGACAUGUAGAUGUGGUUGAUGGAGAUUUUAUUAGAUCUGGUGCAUGUGUGACAUUAGCUGAUGGUUUGCAAACAAUGUUUGAAAAAUAUGACACAUGCUUUUUUACCUUAAAUGGCAGUACUAUUGCCAUUAUUAAAGAAAAUAGUAGGUUUGCUGUGGUUGAUUCUCAUGCACGUAGCAGUGCUGGGAUGGUUGAUGGUAAUGGAUUUAGUGUGGUUGUAUAUUACAAUUCACUUAGUUGUGUUUUGAAGCACAUAGAAAAUUUGUCUGCAUUUACUCGAAGAAACCUGAAGAUUUUUGAAUUAAGUGGGGUCUGUGUAGUACUUAAAAGCCAAGAAAACUCUGCUAGUCACACAGAAAACAUAAAUGAUGAAAGUGAAAAAACGACCCGCAGGGGUAAAAAAAGAAUGCAUGAUUGUAUAAAUGUGAAUGUGGAAGAAGAGAAAGAAAUUGUGGUUACUAAGAAGCCAAAACAAUUAUUAAAGGAGAGCACUAAAGUACUUGAAACAAUUUCCAAAAUUGAUGCAAAUUCAGAUGAUGUAAUUUGUUUGGGCAAUGAGACAAAUAGUAUUUUUAAUUUCAAUCCACUGUGUACUGAAGUAAAGCAAAAACUAAGUAGUAAACUUAAUAUAGAGUUUAAUAGUGAAAAUUUAGUUUUUCCAAGAAACAACAGAAAAAUUGGCCAUCCUUGUAAAACAGUUAGUAUUUUAGGGGAUGGAAACUGUUUUUUUAGGGCAGUUGCACAAGUAAUAUGUGGUACGCAAAAAUCUCAUCGGGCAGUCAGACUUGCAAUUGUGAAACAUAUGGAAUUGCACAGUGUGCAAUAUAAGAAUCUUUUAAGAUGUCAGUAUGUAUCUAUGGAAGAUUAUUUAUCUAAAUCCAAAAUGAGGUUUGUAGGAUCAUGGGCCACAGAAUUGGAGAUUCAAGCGAUGGCUAAUUAUUUGGGAGUGGAUAUUUAUACAUAUCAUAAUGAAAAAUGGUUACAGUACAGUUGUAUGCAUGAAAGAAUGUGCAAUCAAGGUAUAUAUCUACAGCACUGUAAUGAGAAUCAUUAUGAAGUUGUUAUAUGUGUGAAACAACCUAAUAGCCAGAUGUGUUAUAUGUUGUGUCAGAAUGAAGAAUGCGAUGUUGGAAAACACAUUUGUACGAGACAGCGAGUAAAAAUUCAAAGUGAAAUUUCUGUGAAUCAUGAGGAACAAAAUCCUGUUACUGGAGAUAUGAAGAAUGAUGCAUCUGCUAAUAAGAGGAAAUACUUGAAAAGGUAUUUUUCAUUAAAAAGAGUAAAGAACAAAAUUAAAGACCAAACUAAGCAACCUGUUUUGGAGAAGUAUCAUUGCAAUGCAGAGUUUCAGAAUCAUGUGAAAAAUCUCAAUAGGAAAAGAUAUCACAGCAAUCCUUUUAUAUAUAGAGUCAUUAAAACAGGCAAGUAA